AUGGAGCUUCACAUCCAGCUAGCCCAGGCCGUCCACGUCCUCAACCACGACACGCAGUCCUGUAACCGCGUCGCCGCUAAUCAGUGGCUUGUUCAAUUCCAGCACAGCGAUGCCGCUUGGGAAAUCGCCACCUCCAUCCUCACAUCCGACCACCAACACCUAUUCCCUACGGGCUACGAGGUUGAGUUUUUCUCAGCUCAGAUUCUCAAGAGAAAGAUUGAAAAUGAAGGACAUAAUUUGCAUUCUGCAGCCAAGGACACUCUUCUCAACGCUCUUCUUUUAGCUGCCAAAAGAUUUUGUUCGGGCCCUUCUCAGCUGCUAACCCAAAUCUGUCUGGCCAUCUCUACGCUCGUACUACAUGCUGUAGAGCAUCGAAAGCCAAUUGAGCAGCUCUUCUACAGCCUGCGAAAUUUACAAAGCCAUGAUAAUGGAAACACGGCUGUUCUGGAAAUGCUGACUGUCUUGCCUGAAAUUGUAGAGGAUCAAAAUAGUAAUUGCAGUAUAUCAUCUGCUCGCCGCAAUGAGUAUGAACAAGAGCUUCUGACACAUACUCCUAUGGUACUUGAGUUUCUAAUGAAGCAAUUUGAGGAGGGCUUUGACCACCAUGUUCAACCCCAUGACAGGACCCGGAAGUUAUUGCGGUGCUUGCUAAGCUGGGUUCGAGCUGGUUGUUUUUUGGAGAGUCAUCCUGCAUCUUUGCCUGCCCAUCCACUUUUCAACUUUGUUUUCAGUUCCUUACAGGUUCCAUCUUCAUUUGAUAUGGCUGUUGAAGUUCUGAUUGAGCUUCUGAGUCGACAUGAGGGUGUGCCACAGUUACUACUGUGCCGAAUCGGCUUUCUCAAGGAAGUUCUUCUUUUUCCUGCUCUUAAAAGUGGAAAUGAGAAAGUAAUAGCAGGGCUUGCGUGCUUGAUGUCAGAAAUUGGACAAGCAGCACUCUUUAUGAUUGUGGAUGCAAACAUGGAAGCACUUGCACUAGCAGAUGCCCUUUUGAGCUGUGUAUCAUUUCCAAGUGAAGAUUGGGAGAUUGCUGACUCAACUUUGCAGUUUUGGUGUAGCCUUGCUGGUUACAUUCUAGGGCUUGAAGUGGAUAAUGCUGAUAAAAGGAAAGGUUUGGAGGACCGCUUUGUUCCUAUUUUUUCAGCAUUGGUUGAUGCUCUUAUGUUGCGGGUUCAGGUUGAUGAUUCCAUGUAUAAUGAUAAUGGGAAAACACUUGACUUUCCCAGUGGUCUCGAACAAUUUAGGAUGAAUUUAGUUGAACUUUUGGUGGAAACUUGUCAGCUUUUGGGAUCAGUUCUGUUUAUUGAGAAGGUCUUCCUUGGAAAUUGGAUAUUGUCUGUAACAGAUAUUUGUUGGAAAGUGGUAGAAGCCAAGUUAUUCAUGCUUAAUGCGGUUGCUGACGUUGUUCUAAAGGAGGGUCAUCAUUUUGAUAACUCUAUUAUUAUGCAAUUGGUGAUGAUUUUGUCCAACAAGACACCCGCUGAACUUCCGGGAUUUAUGUGCCUUGUAUACAAAUCACUUGCAGAGGUUAUUGGAUCCUAUGCUAGGUGGAUGUCUGCCUCUGAGACAAACACGAGACUGUUGAUAUUAUUCUUUGGUGGUGGUAUUCCUCAACCAUUUUGUUCAAGUGCUUGUGCUUAUGCAUUUCGUAAAUUUUGUGAAGAAUCCACUCCCAUGAUGCAUGAACCGUCCAAUUUGGAAAUCUUAAUUUGGAUAGCAGAGGGGUUGGAACGCAGGAGGUUACCCUUGGAGGAUGAGGACGAAGUAGUUGGUGCCAUCAUCCUGAUAUUCUGUUCUGUCCCUGACAAGAAGCUGAUGAAUAGCUUGUUUGCUAGAUUGCUUUCUCCAUCGUAUGAAAUUAUUGGAAAACUUGUCAAUGAAGAUCAUGGGCAUGUGACAAAAAAUCCAUCUGCUUAUGUUGAAUCAAUCAACUCAGCAGGAAGAGGGCUGCAUAGGAUUGGAACUGUAUUUUAUUAUUGUGCAACACAUUUAUCUUCUGGUCUGGGUCCAGAUGACUACGUGCAUAGCUUACUUGAGGUGUUCUGGCCAGUGCUUGAGAAGCUGUUAACUUCUGAACUCAUUGCAAAUACAAGCUUGUCUACAGCUGCUUGCAGGGCUCUUGCACUAGCAAUUCAGGCGUCAGGUCCAAUGUUUGGGGCGCUGCUGCCUAAGGUGCUCGACUCUAUGUCAACCAAUUUUAUGUCAUUUCAGAGUCAUGAAUGCUACAUAAGAACAGCUUCUGUCAUUGUUGAAGAAUUUGGAGGUAAAGAGGAAUAUGGACCUCUAUUGAUCAGGACAUUUGAACGAUUUACUUCUUCAGCCUCAGUAAUGGCUCUUACUUCAUCAUAUAUCUGCGAUCAAGAACCUGAUCUGGUUGAGGCCUACACAAAUUUUGCAUCUGCGUAUAUGCGCAGUUGUCGAAAGGAAGUAUUAGCUGCUUCUGGUUCUCCUUUUGAACUAUCCUUACAGAAGGCAGGAAUUUGUUGUACAGCUUUGCAUCGGGGUGCUGCUCUAUCAGCCUUGUCAUAUAUGACCUGUUUCUUGGAUGUUGGCUUUGCUUUCCUAGUGGAACCUGAAGCUUCUCCAUCUGAUAUAGCUGUUAAAAAUAUGGUGAUAAGGGUCACAUCUGUCAGUGGUGAGGGUCUCAUAUCGAAUUUGGUGUAUGCGCUACUAGGUGUAUCCGCAAUGUCAAGGGUUCACAAGACAACAACUAUUCUCCAGCAAUUGGCAGCAAUGUGCAGUUUAAGUGAAGGGACAGAGUGGAAAGCUCUUUGCUGGGAAACUUUACAAAGAUGGCUUUAUUCUGCUGUGCUGCCUUGUGAGUAUCUAAAACCGGGUGAGGCUGAAUCAUUAGUGCCGAUUUGGGUGAAGGCACUUGUUUCUGCAGCAUCGGACUAUGUUGAGAGCAGACGAUGUGGAGAAUUAAGUAAUCAUGAGCAUAUGCGAGGGAAAGGGGGCAGAGUUCUAAAACGUCUGUUAAGAGAAUUUGCGGACAACCAUCGCAAUUUUCCAAAUUUGACAUGA